AUGUCCCAGAUCAGACUUCACUCAUCAUGCGAUGCCUGCCUCAACACCAAGGUCAAAUGCAGCCAGUCCAAGCCAAUCUGCGCAAGAUGCGACCAGCACGGACGCAAAUGCAUCUACAGCCAAUUUCGCAAGAUAGGAAGACCUUCUAGCAAGACCAUCAACAACUCACCUUCUCAAACACCGAGCCGCAAGUCCAAGGGCCACACAGAAGCAAGGCAGAAGCAACUAGGCCCAGGGGUGCACCGCUUGCUGCAGCCCACCGUCCGCUCAGCUGUGCACGAGACUUCUGAUAGCCUGCGAUGUGAUCAAGAUGACCAAGACGGCCACAGCUCGGGGACUGUUGAGGUCUCAUCAAGAACUCAUCAAGGCAGCUCAGAUUUCGAAACACUCCGCGUGAACAAGUCGCCUUGGCUAACAGACGACGUUAUUGGGCAAAGUCUCCAGUCUGCGCUGCAGUCGGAUGUGACGGCCAACUUCAGUGACGACGUGGAGUGCGAUACAGAUGGGGUGCACAUUGAUUGGUCUGCCAUUGAAAGUCUGUUGGACAACAACGCGCCGGCACUACCAUUCGCUCCAAGCCCGGUGCAGAAUUUCGCGUCUUCAGUAUCCUUGGCGCCUGGCAACGCACAAUUCUACCUGGAAGACACAAUCGUCGCAUCAGUGGUUUCGUCAGCUGGCGAAAGUCGACAGUCGCCCACCACGGGCGCGCGUCCCGUGAUACCCCAUCAGCUGCCUCUUACUGCUAUAGACGGACUUGCACUCCCUGGAAAUGAGUACUUCUUCAAGCCAGGAUCAUUUCCUACCACAAAUUUUGAAUUUGAUGGUUCGCGCACCACACCCGGACAAUCCAGUACCGCUUCCCUCUCUCCAAGGACACCUUCGGUCCACACCAUCCAACCAAACCUCUACUCAAUCUCAAGCUCACGCUGUUCUGUUCAAUGUCACCGCGCUUUGACGAGCCAACUCACGGAGAUUAGUGAGAAACAAGUGCAAGAGUCAAAUGUCCCCCUUGACAUACUUUUGAGACUGGAUUAUCACAUCCGCCAGACACGAGAAAGAGCCCUGAGCUGCAGUGCUUGCCUUGCAGGCUCUCGACAUGACAAGACCCUCAUGUUCAUCACCAUGGUUUUAUCAAACCUCUUGUCUCUCUUCGAGCAGAGCUGCAGUGCUUUUCACGGCGACCCGCAAAGGGGUGUGAAUGGACGCGCAGGGAGCUUAUGUGGCGAGGCGAACCAUGCUACCGUCGCGAACAACCAUCAAGUCUCGCCAAGCCCGUUGCCAUAUACGACAAGACCUUUGAUUGUUGGAAGCACACGGUUGGCAGAGAGUUUCAAGCUGUCCUUUUCGCGACAAUUAGUGAUCAUGUACGUAAAUCAGCAACUAGAGGCUGUAACUCAGUUGGGAAAGAUGCUAUACAAGGUGGAAAGUGAUAAUGUGAGUUUCAAAAUCACUAAAGAAUUACUCAUAGAUGUGUCGGCUAGAUUAGAGCGGUUAGCUGGAUUCACUGCAAUGGUAACGACCCCAGGCAGUAGUGCCAUCCACAGCAUAUUGGCGUGA